AUGAUUGAUGAAUUUGACGGCCUCUACGGUCCCAUCAUUGGUUCCUCCGAAACUCCUUCCAACCACCAAGCCGUGGAAACGGACUCGGUGCGCUUGGGGCGGACGAAUCGCCUACGCAGGGAAUAUGAUGAGCUGCGCACCGAUCUGGUCGAGGAGCUAGGUGCAGUAGAGCUUCGGAUGACCCAGCCAGCUGCACGAGCGAAGGAGUCGCUGGCCCCGAUGAAGAAGACUAUCAAGAAGCGGAACAAUAAGAAGACCGAUUUUGAGAUCUCCCAGGGCCGAGUGGACAGCCUGUUGAAAAAGCCCAAGCGUUCUGAGCGUGAGAAUGCCAGCUUAGCGAAAGCUGAAGCCGAGCUGGCUGUUGCGAAAGAGACAUACCAAGCCGCCGACGCUGAUUUACGAGACCGACUGCCCACAUUGGUCGCAUUGAUCUUUUCCUUGACCCCCUAUAUCCUGGAAGCACAGGUCGAGAUUCAAAAUCGCAUGCUCGCGCACUACUAUACCGUCCUCCACACCUUCUGCGACGAAGCGGGAUUCCCGUCUCCCCCACCGGACAUGGAGCAAAUUGUCCAAGACUUUGAAUAUGCCUUCAAUCCCGUGCAGGCGGAGAUCGAAAGCUUCGGCUGUCUGCACCAGGGCAAAGCAUUGCGACGCGCCUCGGAACAGCAAGAGAAUAAGAAACGGCCUUCCAUUGGCGGGCGCACCGCCAGCAACGCCUCGUCCAUUUCUCUCCCCAGCUCCCUCCGCCGAGGCUCUCAAACCCCCCAGACACCCAUCCCCUGUGUACCUGAAUACCCACCUUCGCCACCGCUGUCGGUGGCCAGUAAACAGGCGAUUCCGGGCAACUCGGCCGUUUCCCCGCCUGCCUCCACCGGUGGGGACUACUUCACCCCGAUGACGUCAACGCCCGUGAUGUCGUUCUCUCCCGCAGGGCCGAAGAUCGAUCACUUUCAGUCCACCGUCUCUGCCAGGGGCACGCCGUUUGAUCCCGUCGCCGCUGUCAAGAAGAAGCCCCCGCCCCCGCCGCCCGUGCGCGCGGCCUUUGUCACGGCGCUAUAUGACUUUGACGGCCAGGGGGCGGGGGAUCUGGUCUUCCGCGAGGGAGACCGCAUCCGCAUCGUGCAGAAGACGGGCAGUACAGAUGACUGGUGGGAGGGUGAGUUGCGGGGAGUGAAGGGAGCGUUCCCGGCCAACUAUGUGGAGUAA